AUGGGCCCCUAUGUGCCACCGGGACAGUCGCCGCCCUUUGAGGUUAUUGACGAAUAUCACCGUGCUGCGUACAUAAUUAUCACGACGGCACUGGGGCUGGUGAUUUCGCUAGUUUGCUUUCAGAUCCGGCUAUAUGUUCGACUAUAUCUAAUUCCGCCUUUUGCACGAGAUGAUUAUGUGUUAUUGGGGGCGACAAUAAUGGCUACAUUGCAAGCUAUACUGGUUUUUUACGCCUGUUCUAUAGGGUUUGGUACAUCGAUUACUUUGCUGGACGAAAGUCGGCUGAAUCAAAUUCAAGCACUGGUUGCAACAAGCGAUGUUUUCGCAUUGAUAAUUCUUUACCUUUCUAAAUGCUGUGUAAUUGCUAUUUACUUCCGACUCACUCCUCAAAAAGAACACAACAGAGCUUCCGCGGCUACGUUGGUCCUCUGCACGGCUUGGCUGAUUCCAGCUUUGUUUAUCCUUUUGGUCAACUGCGAGCUUAACAAACCAUGGAGGUCACAAGGAGGGCAAUGUCGGAAUCUGUACCGACGUUGGCAGUUCAUUGCUGCCGUGGACGCUAUUACAGAGGUUAUAAUUUUCGUACUCGCCGUUGCCCUGCUGAAGGGGCUUUUUAUGAAUUUGAGGCGCAAGCUUACUAUUGGCUUUGCUUUUAUCUUUCGCUUCCCACUUAUAGUCUUCACAGUUCUUCAUAUCUCGAAACUCCACGCAGCACUCGGCGAACCCGAUGUUACUGUCGCAGCGAUCGAACCAUCACUUUGGCUUCAAGUCCAAGUUCACUACGCACUGGUCGCAUGCAGCGUCUUCUGCCUUCGCCCAUUCAUGGCAGCCGUCAGUACAAACUAUGGGACAGCAGGGGACUCCACAUUGGAAAGCAGCGCUUCCAGAUCUCGGGGUACAAAGGAGAGCUCAAGAUCGGGAUCCAACUCGGGGUCAGGAUCAAAUUCACAUUCAGCAUCAAGGUCGAUGUCAAUGUCGCGAAUACAAAGGAAAAGGGCAGGCACGGCAGGAACACCACCUUGGUCUAGGGCGAUCAAUGCGAUUCCACGCUCCUCGUCGAAGGAAAAUCUUUGCCAGGACGGAAAUACACAGAAACGGGCUCCUCCUCAAGGACGAGAACCUGCAAUCCGCACACCACUACGACGGUCAAUGUUUCCUCUUGAUGAGCCGAUUAUGCCGCCACCUCCGAAGCCACAGAAAGGAAAAGAAGGAGCCAGGAGGCAAGUGCCCGAUCAGGACCUUUUAGACGUCGAUGCAAUUGAACUCAUGCCUCAACUUCAACGACAACAUGGUCGCCAGCAGAGUGAGGUCAUAGUCGAUAGUGAUGAUUCUGAUCGAAUGGUUAUUAGGAAAGAGGUCGGGUACUCAAUUCAGUAUGAGUAUGAUGAUGCGCGUCGGAGAGGACAGGGCCCUUCUAAGAAGAGUUCCACUGAUGCGAUGGCUUAUGUAUAA